UAUUUACCGGUUAUUAGUAAACUGCUGCAUUGGAUUCCCGCGCUCGGUUGUGUCUGUGCCGCUAUUACGUAUUUCGUUCGUGAUUAGUGAUCUUUAAUUUAAAGUAUAAUAUUAUGUGUGAAUAAAUCUGAAACGAUUAUUAAUAUAUAUAUUAUUUCAUUAUAUAUUUAAAUUUCGCUCGUAUACUUUUAAGAACCGAUUUAUAUCUUUAUUUUUAUAACCUAGUCAAGUUUGUGAGCAAGUGUUAACGGGGACACACCUGCGGCCGCAACAGCAGCAGCAGCAGCAGCAAAAUUAUAUAGUUGCCGUUUCGUCCCGCGUUGUUGCACGCGUCGCGUCGGUUACGCGCGUAUUGCCUAAAACCCGGCCGUACCCAAAAAUAUAUUAUAAUAAUAUAAUGAAAACCGACGCCCAUUCGCGCACGCACGAGAAUCAUAAAAUAUAAUAACAACAUAUCAGCAUAUUAUUAUUAUUAUAACGUAUAUAGUUGCGUUGCGCGUGUGGUUGUGUGUGUGAACGCUCUAAACCAAAGGCCGAGAGAAAAAAACCUGACUACGACGACGAAAAAAUAAUAUGUUCGGCGGUAAAAGACGACGAUUCCUCCUCUGCCGCCGACGCAGUCGUACGCCGCCUCCGCCUCGCGUUCUGAUCGCCGACCGCGCGGCGCCCGUGGUGCACUUGUGCAGCAGCGACUCGCACCGCCGCCGAAGCGGUCACGAUGUUAGCCGGCGCGCUUGACCGCGUGCUGCCGGGCCGCCGGUCGCCGUACCUGCACCGGGUGAACGUGGAACGGCGCCCCAGACUGCCGUCGCAGUCCCGGCCACACAGUUACCACGGCGGCGCGACGGCCGAGUCGCAACGCCGCGACGGUCUGAGGACGAGCGGACGAAAGUUGGCCGCGAAAUUUUGGUCGUCGUGCGGGUCGUCCCGGUCCGCCGCGGUGGUGGGUAGAUGCGUUCCGGAACCGGCGGCCGUGCGAAAGCGGGCGCCGGCCGCCGCCGCGGCCACGACCACCUGCAGCAACGGUGGAUUCUCAAACGUUUCGCACACGUGGCGUUUCAAACGGCUAAGUCAUGGUAGCAGAACGCCGGUGGAGGAACCAUCGGCCAAGUCAACAGAAAUGGCUGAAAGCGGCAGCGGAGCCGCAAUGGCUCCAGCUGCCAAAACGGGAUCAAUCAAAGUGCAUUUACCCAACAACGGAUUCAAUAUCGUAAAGUUCAUAGAUAACAUCAAUGUCAAGGGUAUCAUAUCUCUAGUCACUGGACGUUUGGCCAAUGGGUGUCCUCAGUAUCAAGGCGUUUACGGAUUGCAGCUGUACCAUCCGUUAUCUGGCGAAGUUCACUGGUUACAUCAGGAUUGCACAAUGUCUGAGAUUUACAACAAAUAUGACGAACAGUAUCCAAUGUCCGAAUGGAGGUUUGAGCUACGCGUACGGUACUCGCCCGACGAUAUGGAGGACCUUUAUGAACGAGAUCGGUUUACGUAUUUCUUCUAUUAUGAUCAAGUACGGUUCGAUUAUUUGAGAAAAAACGACCCGGCUACCCGAGUGGAUACGGAGAUAGCUGUGCAACUCUGCUGUUUACAAAUAAAAUGCUUUUUCCGAGAAGUUCCUCAAAUGUCGUUGGAAAAGAAAUCUAAUUUGGAGUAUCUGGAACGCGAAAUUGGGCUUAACAAAUUCCUGCCAUACUAUAUACUGGAAUCGAUGAAACCAAAGAAUUUACGAAAAAUGAUUCAGCAACAGUAUAAAAAACUUUUACAAACGCCAGAAAAAGAAUGUGUGCUACAAUUUCUCAACCUCGUUUGGACGUUCUACAAGUACGACGAAGAGCAGUUCAAGUGUUCAAUUGGAUCUGGCUGGACAAUACCGGUAGAUUUAGUGAUCGGACCGCGGCACGGAAUUUCUUACAUUAACAACCAGGGAUCGGCGCCCACCAAAAUGGCGGAUUUCGCUCACAUCGAAAACAUACAGACACUGGUGUCAGAAUGUGAAACACACCGCAAAACCUUAGUGCAGCUCCAAGUAACCGACUCGGCUGAUCCUCUAGUGCUUAGCUGUUCGACGCUCGAGCACAUGUACAGCCUAGCUAAUCUUAUCGACGGUUACUGUCAAUUGGCGAGGAAAACGAACAUUUCGUUGUGGAAUAAAAAAGCUGCCGUAUGGAACCGUUUUCCUUGCCCGUGCGAUUCUAAAGACUCAGGGAAAAUCAAAGCCAAAGUGCCCUCAAGGUUUUCCGAUGAUUAUCCUGACGACGGUCCGAUCGAAGAAGAAGGCGAUUACUCGACACUUGCUAAUUGUAAUUACGAGCUGUAUCGCGAUCAGGUUGAAUUGGGUGAAAUCAUUGGAGAAGGUCAAUUUGGCGAUGUGCAUAAAGGAGCAUGUCACAUGCGUUCAACUAAAAAUAAGCCAGGAAACGCUGUGGCAGUGGCCAUAAAAACAUGUAAGCCUGAUGCGGAUAUGGCAACUACAGAUAAAUUUUUGGAAGAAGCAUACAUUAUGCAACAGUUUGAUCACCCACACAUAAUACGACUGAUCGGAGUUUGUUGUUCGCCGCCUGUGUGGAUAGUCAUGGAAUUGGCCAAGCUAGGCGAAUUACGGGCAUACUUACAAAACAACCAGGCUCAUUUAGACUUAGCCACUCUUAUCCUAUAUUCGUAUCAACUUUCCACAGCUCUAUCGUAUCUUGAAUCUAAGAAGUUUGUUCACAGGGACAUCGCUGCCAGAAACGUAUUAGUGUCGUCACACCACUGUGUAAAGCUGGCCGACUUUGGUCUAUCGCGGUGGGUCCAAGACCAAAGCUACUACAAGGCGUCCAAGGGCAAACUACCAAUCAAGUGGAUGUCACCGGAGUCGAUCAACUUCCGGCGAUUCACCACCGCUAGUGACGUCUGGAUGUUCGGCGUGUGCAUGUGGGAAAUAUUGAUGAUGGGUGUGAAGCCAUUUCAAGGGAUCAAGAACAACGACGUGAUCGGCAAAAUCGAGAAUGGCGAGCGGCUAGCGUUGCCGCCCAAGUGUCCCCCGAGGCUGUACAGUCUCAUGUCACAAUGCUGGUCGUUCGAGCCCAGUAAGAGGCCCACGUUCAGAGACGUAAAGGAAGUGCUAAAUGAGAUAUUGAUCGAAGAGAGACACCAACAGAAGGAAACGCUUCGGAGGGAAAACCGCAGGGUGCACACUCUGUCUUGGGGAUCCAGCGGCUCUCUGGACGACCCGUCGGCACCUCCCAAACCUUCCCGUCAACCGAGCGUGGACCUGCACAACAACAAGUCCGCGGAGCUACCUGUGUCCACGUACAUAGUAGCCCAGAACGCCGAAGUGCUCGCUCACCUGUUGAAGGAGAACGAGCAGCGGGGCGUCGUCAACCCGUCCGUGUACACGACCCCGGCAACCGGAUUCAACACGGUAACCGUAGAUUUCCUUAAUGACGUCGACGACGACAAAACAAUUUCGGCCGGGAACAGUAUACUGAGCAUGGACUCUGUGGGACUUAUCCCGAUGGACGGCGGCGGUGGUGGUUGUGUCGCCGUCCAGCCGUCCACUAACAAGACAUUGCCUAGGAACUUUACUUCGGGAGCGGCUUCGCUACUAACGCUACCGCCGAACUCGGCAGACAAGAGCAGGCGAUGUUCAGACGGCAGUCUGGGCACGUGUGCCGCCGCCGCCGCUGCUGCUGCUACGGCGGUGACCGGUGGAGGAAUGAAUAAUGAUGAGGGGGCCAAGCAUUUGGUAAACAACUCUAUCGGUGUAUAUGACAAUGAACCCUUAUCUGAGGUAGAACAGCUAGAACGCAAGCUAAGACAACAACAAAUUGAGUCAGAAAGGGACAACCAAUGGCUGGUCGAAGAAGAGACAAACUUAAAAAAGCGACUAUCUUUAGUAGCCAGUGUGUCAGACAAUGAAUCUAUUGAUGGUAGAUCAUCGUUGACACCUCCUUCUUCUCUAGAUCGAAGCACCAAAACAAAACCUACAGAAGAACGGGUUGUUGUAAUAAAAAAACUCGAACCCACGCCAACAGCCGAUUUGGACAGAAGCAAUGAUAAAGUAUAUGAGUGUACGACACUGGUUGUCAAAGCUGUUAUGACCCUUUCACAAGGGGUUCAACAAAAUCAGACUGAUCGAUAUUUGGAACUAGUCAAGGAGGUUGGUCUCCAACUCAGAGCUUUAUUGACAAGUGUUGAUAGCCUGGUACCAUAUUUCCCUCAAAGUGCUCACAAACAGGUGGAAAUGGCACAUAAAGUUCUCAGCAAAGACAUGGCUGAGCUAGUCAAUGCCAUGAAACUUGCUCAAAAUUACUGCCAUACUGCUGUCGAUUAUUUGUACAGCAAGGAAAUGUUGUCUUCAGGCCAUAUUUUGGCUAUGGAUGCUAAAAAUCUGUUAGACGUUGUUGACUCUGUGCGCAUGCAAUAUCCUGAAGUGGAAGCGAUGAUCAGCGGCCAACAGUCUGAAACAGCCAAAGAACAACUCCCUGGCGUAACCGCUUCAUAGUAGUACAUUUUAUAGUAUGCAUUCCUAAUUCAUUACGCAUCUAUUAUACACCAAUAUUAUUGCAAUUAUUUAUUGUUUUUUUUUUAUAUAUAUAUAUAUAUAUAUAUAAUAAUUAAUUGACUGCCUAGUAACUUUAUUAAAAAUUAUUUAUUUUUUUUUACUAAAUUUGUAAAUAGUAUAUUAACGGAAGAUAUUUUAUAGUAUUUUAUUUACAUCCUCAAAUAGAAUUCAUUAUCGUUAAUGCUAUGUGUAUAUAUAUUAUAUUAUAUACAAUUUAUAAAAUGCUUUUUAUUGCUGUUAAAAUUUGGAAUUAUUAUUUGUUCCUUUUAUAAAUCGUGGGUGCGUAUGUGAAAAAAUUAUUUUGAUCCCAGUCUUACUAGUCAUUAAAUAUUUUGCCCCUAAAUAAUAUUAUAUUAUAUUAUACGUAACUUAUUUCCAAAUAAAUGGAAUCAAUAACCAUAUCUAGUGUGUAAAAAAAUAACUAAGUCCAUUUGUUUUAUUAUUUACUCCGCGUGAUGUGAAUGCAUGUUAAAAUUAUACCAAUUUAUUUUUAUUUUUUUUGUGUUGUAUCAAACCAAUUGUGUGAGUGUUCUAUUUAAUGGUUGUAAGUAAGAGAACUAAUGGUUUCCGUUUGAAAAAUUCUUCCUAAUCAGUUUUUAAAAAUGUUUAAAAAUAUAUUUUCAAUCUUUAAAAACUAAAAUGUAAUUCUAUUCACACUUUUCACACUUAAACAGUAAAUUAUUUUUAUUUGUGAAAAAUAUAUUAUUUAUAAAUGUUCCAUUUUUUAUUAUUUAAUAUUAGAAUUUUACUCAUUAAUUUCAACAUUUUAAUUUUUUUCAAAAAAAUAAAUUGCUUAAACGUAUUAAUGUGUUUAUAAUUGAUACAUUUUAAUUAUGUCAAUAUUAAGAUAAUUUUUACACAAAAAAGGCAACUAUAAGUAUUUUUAUUUACUGUGUCUUGUAUUACUAUUUUAUGAAUCAUUAUAAAUAGACUAUGGUCAAAAAAAGUACUGUAUUUUUUUUUUUUUUUUAAACUAUUUAUAAACAUUUUUUUAAACAAAAUUUAACAUAGAAUGGAACAUUGUUACUAAUAUUUUUACUUUUUCAUAACACUUAUAAAUAUGAAUUCCAUUAUAAAAAUUAAUUAUUAUAAUACAAAAAUAAUCAUCAAAACAGCGGAAACCAUAAUUUUUCUAAUUUUUAGUAUUAUAUCUCAUAUUAUGUGAUCUUAGAUAUUUUUAAAUGCUCAAAUGUUAUUAUUUUGAUACACUGGUAAUUUAUUAUUGUUUUGUUUUUUUACAUAAAUAAUAAAAUAUGACAUUAAACUAACUUCAUAGUA